GAAAAAAUAAACAAUUAGAUACCACAGGGGAAGAAGACACGUCUUUUCGGGUCCUUCUUUCGCAGAAAAAGCGAUGAUUGAUUGCUUCUCUCUCCACAAUUCUUGCGUACUCUUCUCUUCUCUUCCCCACCAAACUAAACCUUUUCUCAGUGUAGAAUUUUCAGAAUUUGAGGUAUGGGGAGGCUGUUUGUGACCCAUCUGGAGGGGCAGAUCUAUACCUGCAAACACUGCCGCACCCACCUCGCUCUCUAUGAAGACAUCGUUUCCAAGGCUUUCCACAGCAGACAUGGGAGAGCUUAUCUCUUCAGUAAGGUCGUGAAUGUUACUACUGGAGAAAAUGAGGACAGACAGAUGGCCACUGGGAUGCAUACUGUGGCUGACAUUUUCUGUGUGGGCUGUGGAUCAAUUGUGGGUUGGAAAUAUGAGACUGCUCAUGAAAAAAGCCAGAAGUACAAGGAAGGAAAAUCUGUAAUUGAACGGUACAAGGUGUCAGGUCCUGAUGGCAAUAACAAUAAUAAUUAUUGGGUCGGCAAUGAAGCACAUGUUGGUGGAAGUGAUGCAGAUGAUGCUUAGUCAUCUGCCUUUGACAAUUCAAUUGUACAUUCUUUAAUCCCCCUUCUGUUGUUCAAUACAUCUGCGUUUUGCCCAAAAGACAAUUUAAAUACAUUUUAUUGUUAAUUCUGAUGUAAAAAAACUAAUGUUAAAACUUCUAAUCAAUGCUGUUUAUCUAGUUGUAUUAUUGAUCUUCA